AUGGAAAUCGAGACUGAACAAACAACCAAAUUGAAUUACAGAGAAAUCAUAGAAGACGAAAAACUAGGAGAGGGAGGUUUUGGGAUUGUCUACAAAGGGCAAUACAGAGGCGUUUGUGUUGCAAUCAAAAAGAUGAAACAACUUGAUAUUUAUGAAAGUGGACUUGCAGAGUUUGAAAAAGAAGUUGCCGUGCUAGACAAGUUCCGAUGUGAUUACAUUAUCCACUUCUAUGGCGCUGUAUUCAUACCAAGUAAGGUGUGUAUGGUCACCGAAUUUGCAUCAUUUGGGUCACUCCAAGACUUGAUAAAACACAAAAAGAGUGAUGAAAUUGAUAUGAAGUUGCGAAUUAAAUUUCUACUAGAUGCUUUAAAAGGAAUUCAAUAUUUACACGAGAAUGGGAUAUUACACAGAGACAUCAAGCCAGACAAUUUUCUAGUGUUAUCACUGGAUGUAAAUGAAAUAGUGAAUGCAAAACUGACCGACUUUGGAUCAUCAAGAAAUGUAAAUAUGCUGCAAACCAACAUGACAUUCACUAAAGGUGUUGGUACACCAGUUUACAUGGCACCUGAAAUUUUGAAACAAGAGAAAUACAAGAAGAGUGCAGACAUUUAUUCGUUCGCAAUAACAAUGUUCGAGACGAUUUCUUGGAGGGAAGCUUACAUUAAAAACGAAUUUAAAUUUCCAUGGAAAAUUGCAGAAUUUGUAAACGAUGGAAAAAGUCUUUCAAAAAAUGAAUCUAUGACAGACGAACAAUACAAAUUAAUAUCAAACUGUUGGGCACAUAAAAAAGAAGACAGAAAUACAAUUGAAAUCGUAAGAAAAAAGCUUGAAAAUAUGAUGAUUUGA